AUGGAUAAAGCUUUUGAGAUCCAAAAAAAUGCUCGAGACAAUGUGAAGUCCUUACAAACAUAUCUCACAGACUUGCAGAAUUGGGAAUCGGAGAUGAAACGUAAAGAGGCCGCGCUCAACGGAAACUUUGAGCAGGAUUUACCUCCAGUGAGAAGCAAGACACGCAAAGAGAGGCCAAUUCAAGUGAAAAAGAAGCAACCAAAUAGAAUAUCCUCGUCAGACUACAGUAGUUGGGAGAAAUUCGAUGUGGACAAAGCAUGUGAAGAAGUAGAUAUGGCAGCAAAGGGCCCGAUGUCCCUUGAUAGCAAACAGAGUGAGAAAGAGAAACAGGACAAGUUAAGAGAGGAAGCGCAAUAUGAGAAAGAGAGGGGAAAUACAUUUGUGAAGCAAGAGAAAUGGGAUGAUGCAAUAUCUUGUUAUAAUAGAGCUAUUGAAUUAGUUAAAAAUGAUGCUAUUUACUAUGCUAAUAGAGGACUUUGUUAUCUUAAGAAGGAGAGCCUCCAUCAAGCAGAAAAAGACUGUACUGAAGCUUUGAAAUUGGACUCGACAUAUGUAAAAGCAUUGCAGAGACGAGCCACUGCUCGGGAGAAACUUGGGUCUCUGAGAUCGGCCAGUGCUGAUCUCUAUGAGGUGCUAAAGCUUGAGCCUAAUAAUGUAGCUGCGAGAAAACAAUUGGAAACUAUUAAAGCUAGGAUGGGAACUAAAGGCUCAAAAUCUAAGUCAUCACCGUUAUCAACCCCAACUUUGGAAUCCAAGUCCAUAAUCCCAAUCGACUCAAAACCAAAAGUGGUGGAAAUUAGCUCAGUUGAAUCGACGCCGCAGGAGAAAUGGAGGACCGGUGUUGGCGAAAAUAUUACGGUCAUUAAAACGGUGAAGAAGCCACCGCAUUUGAGAUCCAAGAGAGCCUUAAAACACAUAACCAUACAAGAAAUACCCCUUGGCUGCACAGUACCCAAAGUUGAAGCCAAAACAAUCGACAAUUUAGCCCAAGGUGACACCAAUAAUAACUCAGAUGAAACAAAAGACUGUGCUCUGUCAGCUAAAGGCGAUAAUAUAGAAAUUAAUUCAAACGAAAUUAAAUCUAUGGAUAAAAUGGUCCCGCCAGUGAAUAGUGUUCAAUUUAUGAAUGAAUGGAAGUGUUUGAAGGGUUCGGUUGAGGCAAGGAGUAACUACUUAAAUAUAAUCGAUCCAACAAAUAUACCAUCGAUAUUUGCGAAUGCAUUAGAAAGUGAUGUUUUAUCGGAAUUAUUGAGUGCAUUAUACGAAUAUAAGGACAGAUACACACGAGGUCUGAGUCUUUACCUUCAAGCCUUCACACGCGUUAAGAGAUUUUCCGCUUUAGCUAUGUUUUUGGCUGAUAAUGAUAAACUUUUGGUCAAUAAAAUGCUGGUACAUUGUAAAACAAAGGAGGGUCUUAGCGAUGACGUGAUAAAUGAACUGAAGAACAAAUACGAGCUUUAG